AUGGCAUCAUCCUCGUCGUCCGAGGACAAUUUCGGCCUCCGGUCCCUGCGCGACGCGCACUUCACGGGCAUCAACAGCCCGUCCGAGUCAUCAUCCAGCGGUAGGGGCAAAGCCCCGGAAGGGCCGCAGUUCGACAUCAUCGAGUGGUUCCCCAAAUACAAGAGCUGCCAAAAGUACUUUAUCGACUAUGCUCAGCACGAACCGUUAGUCCAGGCCUUUGCAUCGUUUAUUAAUAUCUUGUUGCCGUUUCAAAGACAACCUAGUCCGGUUUUUUACACAACAGGUUCGUCAAGUGGGAAGUCGAGACUCGACAAAAAAGACGUCUCCUCGUCGCGCACCGCCACCUCGGAGUCAGCAUCAGUGGUCGCUGCGGCAAAGGCAGCAGCGUCCGCCGUCUCCCUGGUUCCAUAUGUACGGAGGCUCGUGGUCACCGGCAUGGAUGUGCCGCAAGUAUUGCACGGUUUCUUCGGCGAUGACUGGAAGGCCGGCGUGGGUCCGCAGCACGAACAGGAGAGGCGGAAUUACCUCUUUGCGGCCAAGAGCGGCGGCUGGGCUUCGGUCAAGCGUGACUAUGAUAUGCUACCUCUGGAAACCGUGCCGUUCAUGCGUCCACUGUAUGCCCCCACCGACGACGAGCUUCAGGCCGCUGAACGCACCUGGAGUGAAUGGCUGGCGCUGGAGGACUGGAUGGUCGGCCCGCGUGCCCCUCCUGAUGAAUGA